CCAUAAUUUCGUGCUAUUUCUACAUAUCUGGAUGUUUCUUGUUAUUUUGGAACAUAAACUGAAAGUGAACUUUCCUAACAUUGCAAUUUUGGCAGAUUUGUAUAUUUUUUCAAACAUAAUAUGGCUAGACCCAGUAAUGUGCGUGUUAAGCUGUGCGAUCAAAUUUUAUUGCAUAAAUUGCAUGUAUUGAAUAAUGCCGUGUCUCGAACCGGGGUGACUGAAAAGGAAAUGGAAGAUGCAUUCAAAAUUUCAAUUGGAUAUCGUCCCAGUCGUUUGUCUUGGACCCAAUGGAAUGAUGGCACGCUUUCAAUACUAUACAGUGUAAUAUUUUUAAUGGCCUUGUUUAUUUUGAUACCGUUUCUGGCUUCCUUCAUCGAAGGUACCAGAUGCAUUUUACCAAAUAAUUAUCUUGUUUGGGAAGCCACCCGACCGUUGUCUGAUUGUGAUUUUUGUAGAGAAGUUCGAGGUCCUAUCAUUCUUUCUAAUCUGUCGCGUGAAGAGUUUAAACCAUACGCGUAUUCAUCCAGACCAAUUAUUAUUAAAAAUGCAAUAUCACACUGGCCAGCAGCAAAAUUAUUGAAUUUUUCAUUUCUUAAGGACCUCUAUUAUAAACAUCCAUCAGCUUUAGAUAGUUUCCACGAAGAUUGUCAAUUUCUCCAUUUCAAAUCAAAUUUUCAAAGUUUGAAAGAUGUUUUCCGUAUGUCAGAAGAUUUUAGAGAUGGACAUAAACCAUGGUAUGUUGGGUGGAGUAACUGUAAUCCUGCUAUUCUUAGCGAGCUACGGAAGUUAUACCCUAAACCACACUUCCUACCAGAGGAUGCUGAAAUGCCUAACACAGAUUUUGUAUUUCUAGGAUAUGAGCAAGGUGCAGUGAUGCAUAUUGACUACAUUCCACGUUUGAUGUGGCAGGCACAAUUGAGAGGCAACAAGAGCUGGAUAUUAGCUCCGACUCCCGAAUGUGAUGAAGAAUGCAGAAGUUUCAAUUUUUAUGUUGAACCAGGAGAUGCACUGUUAGUAGACACGCGACUAUGGUACCAUGGAACAUUCAUCUCGAAAGGAGAAUUUUCCCUCACUAUUCAAUCUGAAUACGGAUGAAGUGAAUUUCUCUUGUUAAAAUAUGUUUCAUCAGAACCAUCAAAAAUGUGUAUGAUAUUUGCGUUGCAAUAGUUUUCAUCGCUUCAACGGCUCAAAAAGUGUAAUAAUUGAAUUGAAUUAUCAAUUUCAAGUUUCAAUUAAAAUUUACGUCUUUGAAUAAUACGGGCUGUUAUAUCA